AAAUUGAAUCUUGGAAAAUGGGGGACAACACUGAACAUAUUACACAUCAGGAUCUGAACAAGGCGUUUAAUCGGGUGAAAGAAAAGUUCAAUGGGUUUAACGCUGUGAAAAAGAGUUUCCGCGAAAUUCGCAACAAGCUUCAUGAAAUUGUCAGGUCGUUCUCAAAUAACGUAAGAGUUGUUAUCUAUGUGGAUGAUAUUUUGGAUGAUCCUAUCAUAUUAGAAGCAGGAAAUGCUGAAAACGAACUUUUAAUAGCAAUCGACCCCGAAGGAGAAUAUACCUACAGCUGGCCUAAGAAAACUUGGUCGAAGGUAUUUUCAGAUGUCUGGGAAGGGCUAAAGUCGUUUGUUGGAAGUAUACUUUCGUGUAUUGCUUCAUUCAUAGGAGGUCUGCUGCUUAAAAUUGGAGAGACGUUGUUGCCGUCAAUCGGCUUUGGAGAAGCAAAAGCAUUGCACAAUAAAUAAUCUGAUUGUCGGAUUCUCUAAAGAAACAAUGGAUUGUUUACUGAUAUUAUAGU